AUGAAUUCUACAUUAGCUGUAUUAGUUGUCAUUGCACAUCCUGAUGAUGAAACUUUGUUUGCAGGUUUUAUUUAUGCACUAGUACAUAAAAUUAAUGCUAUUGUUGAUCUUGUUUGUAUCACUAAUGGUGAAGGUGGUUUCAAAUAUUCUGCACCAUCUGAACAUCUAUAUGAUAAUUUACAGUUGUCAAAAGAAAGUAUUGGUAGACAACAUUUACCACGUAUACAUUUAAAAUAUGAUCGAAAUGUUGAUAUUGUUUUUGCUGAACAAUGGAACAAAGAAAUAAUUAUUCAAUUACUUGAACAAAUAAUUAAAACUGGUAAUAAUACUCAAGGUUAUGAUAUAAUGCUUAUUAUGUUACCGAGUACAGAAUCACAUGGUCAUCAUACAGCAUCCGGUCUAUUGGCACUUGAGACAAUAGAACGUUUGCAACAAAAUAAAUCAACGAAUAUAAAAAUUCCUACAAUAAUUGGUGGUUCCGAAUUUCUUUUAAAUCAAUUACCAAUAUAUUCAUCAAAUCGAUUAGCAGAAAUAUCUUCGAUUCUACCAAAUGAAUUUCGAUUUAAUCGUAGAUGGACAUUAAAUAAUACAACUAAUAUUCCUGAUUAUCAAACGAUUGUUAUUUGGGCAUGUAGUGAACAUAAAUCUCAAGGUGGUUUAAUAACUGAAACAUUAACAACAUAUGUACGAGAAUAUGAACAAUAUUUUUAUUUUUCCAUUAAUAAUGAACUAAAUGAUCAAACACGUAUUCAACUAAUUCAACUUAUAUUUAAUCAACUAGCUGACAUUCACCAAUACAAUACCGGAAAUGUUCUUAAGCGACAAUAA